CGGCAGACUCCAACUUUUCCAAGCGGUAUUUGAAAUACUUAACAAAGAAGUAUCUGAAGAAGAACAGUGUGCGAGAUUGGCUGCGUGUUAUAUCCUCGAACAAGGAUAAAAAUGUGUAUGAAUUGAGAUACUUCAACAUUGCCGAAAAUGAAGCAGUUGGCAGGGAAAAAGGAGAAAAUGAGUAAGGGUAGCAGCGCAGCCGCCACGAAAGGUGGGAAGAAGGGUGUGACCUUCGUUAUCGACUGCUCGAAGCCGGUGGAUGACAAGAUCAUGGAUAUCGCCUCUCUGGAGCAGUUCCUCCAGGAGCGAAUCAAGGUCGGCGGUAAGGCCGGAGCGCUAGGAGACUCAGUCACCAUCACCCGAGAUAAGACCAAAAUCACCGUCACGGCAGACUCCAACUUUUCCAAGCGGUAUUUGAAAUACUUAACAAAGAAGUAUCUGAAGAAGAACAGUGUGCGAGAUUGGCUGCGUGUUAUAUCCUCGAACAAGGAUAAAAAUGUGUAUGAAUUGAGAUACUUCAACAUUGCCGAAAAUGAGGCAGAGGAUGAAGAUUAAGAGGUUGAGUUACACCUUUCAAUCUCUAGACACCAUUGAAUUAUUAGUUUAAAGUGCUUGAUUUUUCAUUCCUGAGAUAGAUGUGCUGAACAGCUACGAAAACUGAAUUUUGGUGACUACGUUGUGAGCAUAUCAUUUGGUAAGAAUGUUUUGUUUCAAUAGUAUUUUCUUGACUACCUUUAACAUCGGUAUGGUAUUAGACUCAUAUGGCAACACUCUGUCAAGGUCUUUGCAAAAAUGUUUUUAUGUUAGGCUUAAUUGAUCUGCUUUA